AUGAAACCGAUUGAAUACAAUAGCGGCGAUGAUGUUAAUUUGAAUUCAGAUGAAAAAUUGUACCAGUUUAUCUUCAAUGAUCUUAAUAAUAAACUUAUUGCUCAAACAUUACAUGAAAAAAUAGUGCGAUAUGGCCUAAUUAGUGUCGUAUUGUUGUUCACUCUACUCACGUUAAUUUUAGUCUUUUUAAGACCGUGUCAAAUUAUUUGCUAUGAAUUAUGUUUGUGUAAAAGAAAUUGGGAAAUAUUGUCUAACUGGUAUGUUUAUGGACACAAUGGUGCCUAUUAUGUUUUCAAACAUCUUUGUGUAAAGAAAGGAUAUCUAUCACCCGCCUAUCCAAAUUUCAUGCAAUGGUAUAAAGAUGACAAACAGCAAGAAAUAAAACGAAAGAAGAAAAAACUUAAACUGCUAAGAAAAAAAUACAAACAACAACGUUAUAGUAGUAUCAAACAAUUGAAAAUAAAACGAAAAGGGUCGUUAAAUAUCGAUCGAAUGAUGGAAGAAGCACUCUUAGGGGAGGAAGCGAUUUUAACUGUUUGA